AUGGAGUGCAUCCCCUCCUUAAUAUCAGUGCUGCUCUACUUGCAUACUAGUUUUGCUUUACCCCUACAGCAAGCCGACUUAUUACUGGAUCGUCGACAAGUGACAGCCGCAUUCCCUGAUGUUUUCGCCGGACUACCUGGCUCCACGUCUUUCAGGCCUGCGCCGACCUCACCGCCCUCUCGUGUUUUGCCUUUGACGCCUGGAGCAUCCGCUGCAACUCCAACCUCAACCUCGCUAGCAGGGGUAGAGUUACCCAAUCAAAAUACUAUAACUAAUCUAUUCGUUCCGGGAACACGGUUCUUCCCACUGGGCGUCGUCAUCAUCUGUCUGAUCGUGAUCACAGGACUCACCGUCCUCAUGGUGAUAUUUGUCGUAUGGUCCCGUCGUAGAAAACGUUACAUUCCGCCUAACGUCCCUAUAUCUCGCCCCAUUCCUCCCAAGACACCUCCAGCGGUAAAGACGCCGAAGACACCUCCACCGGCAAAGACGACGGAGACACCUCUAGGACUGCUGGAGAAGUCCAAACGUAUGACCCGUAUGGGCCGAACAAGCGUCAUCCUAAUCACAUCUUCCUUCAACUACUGGGCCAACAAGCGCAAGUCCUCCGCCCUCCCAGCGUUACCAUACUCUGCCAAGGCGCUAUCCUUCUCAUCCUUCGGGACGACCAUAUCAUCCGCGCUCCCCACCCCGAAUGUUCCCAUUGAACUACAGGCAGAACCUAUGUCGGCGAUGCAGAGACAGGUUUCGAACGCAUCUGGUCUCUUCUCAGCUGGGCCCCUGUCAGUAUGGGACGGUCGAUCCCUGGCCUACGGCCCAGAUUCAGCUGUCUCCCGCGUACCCCCAACACCGCUGCCCAUGAACUUCCCAGCAAUAACGCCUAUUGAGCCAAAGUCGAGCUACAUCGAGCAGCUGGAGACGCCUGUCCAAGGUCCCGGCGGGGUUCCCCGUUUGCCCGUCAUUGCCAUUUCCCCGGUGGUCAGUUGGCCUCCACCUCUUCCCGGAACUUCAAUACCACCUGUACCCGAAAUACCUCCCCAGUUUGGUCGUCCGCAGCUGUCCCGGCUAACGAUCCCCAAUCCGAUCGUCAUUUCCAAACGACGCACCCCGGUGGUAGCCGUCGCUCCGCAUCUGGACCGACUGGAAGAGGAGGAGCCGGAGCCUGCGGGACGUCGGCCGCUGCCGAAGGUUCCCCCGCCGCCGCCUCCUCCCCAUGGACCGCUACCAGCCCCUCCAGACCGAAGAUGA